AUGGAGAAGUCUACGCCCACCGAAUCCCGCAAUCCGGAUCAUUUUAUCCUAGACGAUCAUGAUUCUGACUACGAGUCACACUAUUCACCGAUGUUGACCCCACAGAGCAGUCAGUUAGGGGAAGUUCCCGACCUCCCUCCUUCAUAUGAACAGGCACAGGCAGAGUUGGAGCAACAGGCUUCGAAUCUACAAGUGUAUCGAGUGGUGCUUCAAGAUGGAUCUCAACACGCAGCCCGUGGAGAACAUGAUCCUUCGAAUGAACAUCUCCAUGUCGCAAACGGUGUAAGAAGCGGCACGACAGCGCCGAUUCCGGUGCUAUCAGGUCCCCAAAGGGACAGCACAGCGGCUCCAAUUCCCGCGGCUGGGAACCACAGCCCAGAGAACCCGCAGGGACAAGGAGAUGUUAGACCUCCUGCUAGCCUUCUGGAUACCGCAUUGUCUUUCGCUCAGCACACCCCAAGCGAGGAUACACGUUUCGCCCCGAGGCUUUCUCAACCGGUCGUUAUACCGCAACUCAUUCUCCCUCACACUUCCACCUCUGAUAAUGGAGGCUUACCUACCUUUGCACGCGCAUACUCCAAACCUCUCCACGCUCACGAUAUCUCCCCUCAAGACUUUGUUGCAUUCCUGGAUGGCCUAAAUGCACUUGCAAAGGCGCCUAUCAAUGGCGAGGUGGUUCGAGACUUCCUCUAUAGGGCCAAUACGAUGUUCUUCGUACCCCGUGGAUUGCACGUCCGUAUCUCUGCGCUUGGCGAGCUCAUCGCAUUGUUGAAUAGAGGUUCAGGGGCUCGAGGAAAUGUUGAUGAGUUGAUGGCAAAGCUCAUGCAGGAGGAGGAGGAUAUCCGAGCUUCCCUUACACCUGGUGCGGACGGGACAGGAUCUGCCGAUGGCAUUACCAACGCCGUAAAGCUGUCGAGAACCCUCGAGCCGCUUGCUGCGACGCUGCUCUUUGAAGUCCCAGAAGCGGGGGCUGCAGCUGUUGCGCUCAGGGCGAUGAUUGAUAGGAUGGGUACUCUGAGCUUAGGAAACGAAGCCGCAAGCCCGAACGGAGGGAAUGCAUCCCGAGAGGAGCGACCGGUCACAGUCCAUGAACUGUCCAAUGACGCAGCGUCAGAGAAUACCGGUUUACUAUUGGACAUCGACCGUCCUUCAUCCCCGGUACCAAGCUACCACACAAUUCCGACUGAGAUGUCUGCUCAGGACUUCUCUACACAACGCCAGCCGCCCUCAGACGAGAAACGACCCAUGCCCAACGCCCGCACACAGUCCUGGCAGGAAUGGGGCGAAGAUAUCGGCAAGCGGUGGGGCGACUGGGGCCAAGAUGUCGGCAAACGGUGGGGGACGUGGGGUGAGAAUUUCGGCGCGAGGGCCGAGUACUUCGGUGACGAUAUCGGGCGACGAGCGGAGAAAUGGGGCGAGGGUGUCGAGAAUAAGUUCGCGGGUCCAUCUAAGAGAGGGUGCUACGGGAAAGAGAAGGGGAGAGCCGGCUCAGUGCCGUUCGGAUCACCGUUCGGCCCAGGUCAUGGACCCUUUGCACGUGGUGGACCCUUUCCACACGGUGGUGGACCCUUUCCACACGGUGGUGGACCCUUUACACGCAGUGAUGGCCCAUUUGGACGACCACAUGGGCAGGGUGGGUGUGGUUCUCGUCCAUGGAGUGGUGCCGGAUAUGGAGGAAGAGCUUUUGGAGGUCGACGGGGCAGCUGGGGUGGUCAAGGGCGAAGGCGAGGAUGGAACCAGCAUGACCGCGAUGGCGACGAUUCCGGAGAUGAAUCCGAUUCAUCCAGCGCAUCCAGCUCCAGCUCCUCCUCGGAUGGUUCCUCGCGUCGUGAUGGUCGCCGAAGCGGUGAGCAACGGGGUCGUCGCAGCUAUCAUCCUGAUCGCGGUGCUGUUCGUGGUGAUCAUAACCCUCUUGCGUCCCACCCUGCAUCGUCUCCCAUGCCUGGCGCAUUCCCUCCUCAUCCGCCUCCGCCACCCAUGCCCGCAACGCCAGCUGUGCCUUCAUUGCCGGCGCUGCCUUUUGGGCUCACUCGACCGCCCAUGCCAGGCUCAUUCCCAGCCCCGCCACAACCCCCCUCCCCCCACGGACACGGCCGCCGUGGCCGUCGACGUGACCGCAAGCACAAAGAUGCCACUUCCAAAUACACCGAGAGGAUCACCGCGAUUGAAGAAGCCGCCGCCGCCGCACUUGCGGCUGGGAUCCCCGACUCGGAAAUAUAUGCGGAGCGCACUAAGGCACUGGAGAAAGCGGCAUUGAGGCUCAAUAAGCGGAUGCGGAAAGAGGUGGGCCAUUCGGAAAAGAAGGCGCUGAAAGAGGUGUGGAAGGCGAGGGUGCAAGGGUUGACGAGGGAGGAUAAAAAGCGGAUGAAGCAGCUAUGGAGGGAGCAUAUGGGGCGGGGGUGGCGGCCGAGGGGGGUUGAUGCACGUGAUGAAAUGGAGGAGAUGUGGAAGAUUUGGGAGAGAGUGAGGGAUGGGGUGGAUGGGACGGAGGGGCAGACGCAAGGUAUUGAGAUUGGGGCGAGGAGCGGUGGUGAACGGGGAUCACAAGUGACGCAGGAGGUGGGGAUUACUGGAGUCCAGACGGAUAAGGGAGUUCAUAGGGAAGAUAAGGAGUUGAUGUGGGUUGUGGUUGAAAACUUGGGGGGUAUGUGA